AGGUGCUGGAAGUGACAGAGCGAAAGAAAAGACUCCAGCGCUAGAGCGGAAAAACCGUAGCAAGCUACAGUAACUGGCCAUUCAUUCGGAAUCCUGUAGCAUCUGUUAUCAUAUCAGCAUAAAACAAAACCUGAGCCCCGAAGUCAACUCGGAGCACUCUACUAUCCGAAAGAAUGCAGCUUGGCCAGUCAACCCGGUGGGAGUGACUGAUAAAGAUGGGCCAAAAAAGUAGAGCCCACUGGUGAGGAGUGGUGAAGAGUCCAAACAGAACCAUAGCGGCUAAACUACCCCGAGCGCCACCAUGCCCCGCCUCCCCUUCUGAACUCUCCUGCCACUCCGACUCAGUCCCUUCCACCCCCUGUCCCUCACGCACAGACACAGUCACUCUUGCCAGUCGAGCUGCGGGCCGCGCUCGCCAUGGCCUCGGCCUACCUGUGGAAGCUGUCGUCCCAGAAGCUGGGCUUCUUCCUGGUGAGCUUUGGCUUCAUCUGGGGCAUGAUGCUGCUCCACUUCACCAUCCAGCAGCGGGCCACGCACGAGAGCAGCACCAUGCUGCGACAGCAGAUCCUGGAGCUCAGCAAGCGCUACAUCAAGGCCCUGGCCGAGGAGAACCAGAGUGUCAUGGACGGGCCCUACGUGGGAACCAUGACGGCCUAUGAUCUGAAGAAGACCCUGGCGGUGCUCCUGGACAACAUCAUGGUACGGCUGGGCAAGCUGGAGUCCAAGGUGGAGAACAUCUACAAUAGCACGGGGGCUAACCUGACCAACGGCACCAGCACGGCCACCCCCAGCGCCUCCAAUGCGGAGAAGGUCAACGUGGCAGAUCUGCUGAACGGCGCUCAGGAGAAAUGUGAGCUUCCCCCCAUGGACGGCUUCCCUCACUGUGAGGGCAAAGUCAAGUGGAUGAAGGACAUGUGGCGGUCAGACUCAUGCUACACUAACUACGGCGUGGACGGCUCCACCUGCUCCUUCUUCAUAUAUCUCAGCGAGGUGGAGAACUGGUGCCCGCACCUGCCGUGGAGGACCAAGACAUUGGACGAGGAGGCGGACCGGAGGGGCCAGACGGAGAUCCGGACGAGCUUCGAGGAGCUAUACCGGGUCACGUCUCGGCGAGAGGAGUUCCGCUGGAUGAUGCUCCGGAUCAAGCGCAUGGAAGACCCCUGGAUCAACGCCAUCCGUGCCCUGGCUGCCAAGCAGAACCUGGCCAAGCGCAAGAGGAAGAAGAUCCUGGUGCACCUGGGCCUGUUGACCAAGGAGUCGGGCUUCAAGAUCGCAGAGAACGCCUUCAGUGGGGGGCCCCUGGGGGAGCUGGUGCAAUGGAGCGACCUCAUCACCACCCUCUACCUGCUGGGCCACGACGUACGCAUCUCCGCCUCCUUGGCCGAGCUCAAAGAGAUCAUGAGGAGAGUGAUGGGGAACAAGUCCAGCUGCCCCACCCAGGGGGACAAGGUGGUGGAGCUCAUCUACAUUGACAUUGUGGGCCUGACCCAGUUCAAGAAGACACUGGGGCCCUCCUGGGUCCACUACCAGUGUAUGCUGCGGGUUUUGGAUUCCUUCGGCACAGAGCCCGAGUUCAACCACGCCCACUAUGCUCAGUCCAAGGGCCACAAGACCCCCUGGGGCAAGUGGAACCUCAACCCCCAGCAGUUCAACACCAUGUUCCCCCACACGCCAGACAACAGCUUCCUGGGCUUUGUGGUGGAGCAGCACCUGAACGCCAGCGACAUCCGCCACAUUGAUGAAGUCAAGCGGCAGAACCAGUCGCUGGUCUACGGCAAGGUGGACAACUUCUGGAAGGACAAGAAGACCUACCUAGACAUCAUCCACACCUACACGGAGGUGCACGCCACCGUGCACGGUACCAGCACUGUGCACUUGCCCAGCUACGUGAGAAACUACGGCAUCCUGAGCGGCCGGGACCUGCAGUUCCUCCUCAGAGAGACCAAGCUUUUUGUUGGCCUGUCCUUCCCCUACGAAGGCCCCGCCCCGCUAGAGGCCAUAGCCAAUGGCUGUGCCUUCCUCAACCCCAAGUUCACCCCGCCCAAGAGCAGCAAGAACACGGACUUCUUCAAGGGCAAGCCCACCCUGAGAGAGUUGACGUCCCAGCACCCCUAUGCUGAGGUGUAUAUUGGCCAGCCCCACGUCUGGACGGUGAACAUCGACAACCCUGCGGAGGUGGACAGAGCCAUCCGCUCAAUCCUCAGUCAGAAGAUCGAGCCCUACCUGCCCUACGAGUUCACCUGUGAGGGGAUGCUGCAAAGAGUCAACGCCUUCAUUGAGAAUCAGGAUUUCUGCCAUGGCCAGGUGAUGUGGCCUCCCCUCAGUGCUCUGCAGGUGAGGCUGGCUGAGCCGGGGAGCUCCUGUAAGCAGGUGUGUCAGGCAGAGCAGCUCAUCUGCGAGCCCUCCUUCUUCCAGCACCUCAACAAGGACAAGGACCUGGCCCGGUUCGGCAUGGACUGCCAGACGGUGGAGUCGUCGGGCGACACGGUGGUUCCUGCGUACAGCGACGCACGUCACCACUGCGUCUUCCAGUCGGACCUGCUGCUGUUCAGCUGCGCCGGCGCCCACCCCUCCCUCCAACGCGUCUGCCCCUGCCGGGACUACAUGAAGGGCCAGGUGGCGCUGUGCAAAGGCUGCCUAUAGCACCUGUCUGUCUGGGUGUGUGGAGAGGAUCGAACUGGAGUGGAUUGGACCCCGUACCCUUCCAGAGCGCUGCAGGGAAUGGGCGGGUUGGGGAUCUCUAGCUCUAACCACUCAGAUGGCUUGGCUCCACACCUGCAGUCCUGCAGCCUCACUCAUCCCACAGCCAGGCCUCUGGGGGGAGGAAGAGCAGCCUGGGAACCAGACAACCAGGAGACAUCUCUAUUAUUUAUGUCUGUUUUUAAUCGCCUGAACUUUGACCUUUAAGGCAUGUUGAUCAGCUCGUCAGACAGACACAGCAUCGGCAGCAAACUGUGGAAAUUCAAAUGGUGGACAGAAAGAGGCCAGUGAGCUAUAUACAUACUCUGGGGAACUAGGAAUGUCAAUGGAAACGUUUUCUGUAAGGCACCGGGCAGGAGGAAAGGAGGGUACAGAAAAAAGAGACAUUGCGCAUCGGCCUGAAUUACUUGAAUCAAUGGGAGUCGCUGUAUAUUUGAGGCAGAGCGCAUGGCAACAGAGCUCACUACUGCCCCUUGGAUGUGUGGCAGUGGGUGGUACUGCAGUUGUGGCCCAGUGACUCCACCCACUGUAUCUCUCCAAGCUUGUAGUCGCAUCGUGGGACCAACGAGCUGGUGUGUCGCCACACUCGGCAUGCUUUCCUCUCUGCCCCCUGUCCCCUUUUUAUCUUUGAACUCUUUUAGCUAUGUCGGUUUGCACUGGAGACCCAUAAGAGGCCAUCCCCAGGCAGUAAAGCUCUGUUUCAAUGUCCACACUAGCGUACUACUUAGGAUGAAGCAAUGCACAGGGCAUGUAUUCUGAAUGGUAUGCUCCAAUGGAAAGUGUCCCCUAGACCCUGAUCUAUGGUCAGUUUUGCAUUUCCCUUAUUUAUGGUUAUGAUUGGGGGAGUGGAAGCUGAUCCUAGAUCUGUACCUAGGGGAAACUUGAUCAAAAGGAACACUAGUGUGAAGAAGAAGAUGACGGCAGAGCCAGUUUUACACUGUAACUGUACCGCUCCCCAUCGUCGCGUCUGGACAGGGGAGCGGGUCAGAUGUAGAUAUAAUGUUGAUUUUUAAAUGUUCUAAAUCGCAAAUCAUUUUUAAUCCUGAGGCAUUGUCCCUCGUGGUCAUUCCCAACUACACCUCACACACACACACCGUCCAGCAUGGCUCCUCUGUAGCCCUGCAUGGUAGAUUGCCCCUCCUCAUGUUCCCAAUGUACAGACUUAAAGGCUGAGUUUUCGAAAUCGCACACAUUCACAGCCACACACACACACACACACACCUGACUGACCGGUUGGAAUGUGCUGGGGAUAAGAGGUGUGUGCAAAAUAAUUGCCAGUAGCUAAUGAAAAUAAGAAUUAGUCAUUGAUCAAUUUCAAUCAAAUGUAUCAAAAAAAUCUAAAAGCAUUAUCAGGUCAGAUCAGUCACAUGUGACAGUGAUGACAUAGUGUGGUACUGUUCUGUAGACAGUAGAACAUCAUCACAGCUGUAGUGGGAAAGGGCCCCUCUGGCAGAUCAAACAUCAGUCCGCUUAAUCACCAGUAUCACAUAGGACCGUUGCCUUGACCACCAUAGAAUUUAGAAUACGUUCCCAAUAACUCUAAAGAGAUAUAUUGAUCAUGAGUACUUGUAUUAUAGAUAUUUAAAACCUUUAUGUAUACAGUCGACCCGAAAGAUACACACACACACACACACACACACACACACACACACACACACACACAAACAUAAUUUCUAUGGAUGCACUGUAAGUUAUAGCUCUUGACAGAGCAACACACACACACAACGGCAACUUUACUUGUUUCCUUCAUUUGGAGAUCGUUUAGGAUCCUAAUUUGCCUGCCAAUUCUUUUUCUUUUUUUAACGUGUCAAUAAAAGCUUGAAUUAGUAGUCCUUGUUGUGAAUGGAAAUAAUGCACUACUUUAACCUAAUUUACUGAAGUUUAACAACAUAUAUGACUAAUACUGUAUAUUCUUCAUAUGGGUUUUAAACGAUUUUAAAUGUGUUUUAUAUACAGAUCUUUCUCUGUUUGCUGAAUUGUUUCUUUUUAUUUAUAGAAAAGGAGAUUUCUUUUUACAGAGGGUCAUUUUAUUUAUGGAAGAAAUAAUAUAAAGUGAACACGUGUACAUUCAAGUGGAUGGAUUAGACGGGAGUUGUUUGUCCCAUCUGACUCCAACCUCCAGCAACAGUGAUGAGAGAGAAUGAGGAAUGGCAAAGAUAAUAUCCAAAUGCUUUGGCAACAUGGCUGCAAAAGGAAUAGGGUGUCAUUUCAGACACGCCUUGAGACCGUCCACUUAGACACUGACGAAACGUGUUGGACUGGACAGUAGUGACAUAGGCGUCUCGCUCCUCUCAUCACUGUGUUUUCGGGGUGAUGACGAUGACAUCGGGACAAAAAGCAGCGCGCACACAUUUUUUAAUUUUUAUUGUAAAUGCCAGCAAAGAACCUCGUGUUGUUUUUUAUUUUCAGAUCUUAAUGCAAACCAUUUGCACAUUUUGUAAAUAUAGAUACGUUGUCUUUUAGAUGGUCACUUACGUUUUAUGACGAGCCCCCCUCCCCCCUCCGUACUGUCCAGAUCAGUUUUGAUUACAUUUGUGUAUACGAUCUGCAGCCAAGCUACCGUUUUAAAAAGUACAUGACGUGCCUUUUGAUGGUUAUUACUAGACCGUUUAUUGUACCUGCCCUAUUGAUCAACCGGACCUAGUGCCAGAGAGAAUUGUUAGUUGAGAUCUCAUACUUUGCUCGAAGGAUAAUGCUUCUUAUAACAUUUACUGUAAAGGUAAAACAGUAAUUGUAUGUGUUGGACUUAGUGGUUAAAACACGUCUCUUAAUGCUGUUGGGGACAUGUUUAGCGAAGGCUUUUAGUGGGGUAAAAUGCAGCAUAUGAAAGAUUCAGCCUUGUUCUGCUCAUAUUAGAGUCAGGCUUAUUUUGAGUAUGUUGUCAACUGUUUCCUUCCUUUCAUUGGUUGUCAUGUAUACACAGAGGGAUCUUGAGAACCAACAUUAAAUAGCCUCUGUAAAUUGUCUUUUUAAAUUGGUUUGUCCCAAAACGGUUAAUGGAACACUAAAUACGAUAGCUGAAAGGAAGAUGUGUUAUGGGCAUGAGAAAAUGUCCUUAUGUCUCUUUUAACUCAACAUCGAAUGUCUCCGUAGUCAAAAUCUGCAUUUUGCAUUCAUGUGUAUCCAUUAUGACUUUUCUUUUUCAAUCUCAACCUUGUUUUAAGCCAAUCAUGGAAAAGCUAAAAGCAGCGAUUGUUAUGGGACUAAAUUAUGACUGUACAAAAAAUGAUACAUUUUGUUUUCACCGUUGCAGACAAUUUAAGGGGGAUAUAACUUUAUUUUUCAAUAAACCUUUUUCUGUGACAAA